AUGUUCGCCAGCAAGACCAGCAAGGUCGACCGGGCCGCUGUUGCAGGCGCAUCACACCUCAACAACAAAGUGGGACCAUGGUGGAACGAUCCCGGAUUGAGGAAGUUGAAUUUCCUCAUCUUUAUUCCGCUUAUGAGCGAGUAUGUUCAAGGCUAUGAUGCAAGCUUGAUCAACAAUUUUCAUGAACCAAAAGGCUCGCUCCUCGGGAUCCUAAGCGCUAGCUACUGGAUUGGAAAUAUUCUAGGCGUUUUCUUCAUUACUCCGUUGUCAGACCGAUAUGGAAGAAGGAUGGCCAUGUUCUUUGGAAGUAUUGUCGCUAUCAUCGGGACCGCUCUCUGUACUGGGGCAAUUAACGCUGGAAUGUUUAUUGCAGGACGGCUUUUGCUAGGAAUUGGCGGUGUUGUAGUAGGAGCAAUUGGUCCAGUCCUCGUGGCUGAGUUAGCAUAUCCGAGUCAAAGAGCAACUGCAACAGCCCUAUCCAAUACUCAAUACUCCAUGGGUGCGAUUGUAGCAGCAUGGAUAACCUUUGGUACUUUUCGUCUGAAUUCAACAUGGUCUUGGCGUAUCCCUUCUAUAUUCCAAGCCUUGCCGUCAGUUUGCCAGGCCAUUGGAAUAUUUUUUCUGCCCGAAAGCCCUCGUUGGCUGGUGAGUAAAGGACGAGAAGAUGCAGCUCUCAGAAUCCUCGCGCACUAUCAUGCCAAUGGCGAUCGCGAAGACGAAGUCGUGCAAUUCGAAUAUCGGGAGAUUGUGGGGACGAUCGAGCUAGAGAUCUCGGCGAAGCAAACUAAAUGGAGCGCGUUAUGGAAAGCUAAUGGAAACAAGUGGAGAGUUUUCAUCAUGGUGUGGUUUGGAAUCUGCAAGCAAUGGUCCGGAAACGGAGUUGUUAGCUACUACCUCCAUACGAUGCUCAACGAUGUCGGCAUAACCACAACAUUAGACCAAACGCUCAUCACAGCAACUUCCCAGAUGUUCUCCUUCGCCUGUUCAGUUGGGUUUGCUUUUCUUCCCCACCGGGUUGGCCGUAGGCCAUUGCUACUUUGGAGCAUGGCGCUCAUGUGGCUCGUUUUCACCAUCAUUACAAUCCUAACUGGAGUUUUCACGAAUACAGGGUCAAAGAGCGCAUCGUACGCUUCAGUGGCCUUUAUCUAUCUUUAUAGCGGAGUGCACAACCUGGGUUGGACGGGCGCCAUGAUGCUUUACGUUGUGGAAAUUCUCCCGUAUAGCAUUAGGGCCAAGGGUAUUGCACUCUUUUGGUUCGUUACUGGGGCAGCGGGCGCGUUCAACACGUAUGUGAAUCCAAUCGGAUUGAACAGGUUUGGCUACAAGUUUUACUACUUUUACGUCGCCUGGAUUGCUGUUGAAUUUUUUGUCGUCUAUUGGCAGUGCCCUGAAACCAAGGGUACGAGUUUGGAAGAUGUGGCACUUAUUAUCGAGGGCGAUAAGGCUACAAUCAGCAAGGCAAAUCCAGUAGUUGAAGAAUUUCCAGAGAAAACUGAGCCUGUCUCUAGGGUUGUAACUGAGCAUUCCGGGAAGGUGGAUUGA